CAACAUCUCCGCGUACUCGCCAGAGCCGUCACGUCCAGCAAUCACACUAAGCCCAUUGCAGGAUAGGUUUCUUUUGCCACCUAAUGGCGCGGAUCAGAAUUCACACUUGCGGCGUGCGGAUUUGUCUGUAGUAGCAACAGGUCAUCCCAAACAUGGAGCGUCCUCAAAAACGACAACUCAUGGACGAGGAACCUGUGAUGCCGGAGUCCCUCACGCGCCCAAUUAGUCCUCCUAGCAAGAAACGACGCAGAUCUCCUGUCAUUAGGUCGCCAUGGCAACUUACCUGGAUUCGAGACCUCCCAGACGAUCAGAACCGAGACGCAGUUACUCUGAAGGAUCUCCUUGGUGAUCCACUCAUUUCAGAAUGUUGGGAGUUCAACUAUUUGCACGACAUACACUUUUUGAUGGACGGAUUUGAUAGUGAUGUCAAACAUCUCGUCAAAGUUCACGUAGUUCAUGGCUUCUGGAAGCAAGAAGACCCCAACCGUCUGGCCUUGGUGCAAGCCGCUGCUGAGUUCAACAAUGUCCAGCUUCACGUUGCGCCGAUGCCAGAGAUGUUCGGCACUCAUCAUUCCAAGAUGAUGAUUCUAUUUCGCCAUGAUGACACAGCACAAGUCAUCAUCCAUACUGCCAAUAUGAUUCCGAAGGACUGGACCAACAUGACGAACGCAGUUUGGAAAUCCCCAUUUCUUCCUAAGACAUCCGGGUCGGUCAAUGCGACCCCCCUCAUAGACCAGCCUAUUGGAAGCGGAGAGCGCUUCAAAUCCGAUUUGUUAAACUACUUGAGAUCUUACGACCGGCGAGGGGUUACAUGUAAAGCUCUAGCUGAUCGACUCGUUGGCUUCGACUUUACCAGCAUUAGGGCAUCUCUAAUUGCCAGUGUACCGGGGAAGCAUGAACUGCAUGACACGACCCAAACUGCAUGGGGCUGGUCUGGUCUGAAGAGAUGCUUACAGUCUGUCCCCUGCCAGUCGCCCGAUGAGUCAGAAAUCGUGGUCCAAAUAUCAUCAAUUGCGACACUUGGGGCGAAUGAUGAUUGGUUACAGAAGACGUUGUUUGGGUCAUUAUCUCGGUGCAAGAAUCAAGGGCUUGCUAAGCCGAAGUUCAAGGUAGUUUUUCCAACUGCGGACGAGAUACGAAGCUCACUCGACGGAUACGCGUCUGGCGCGUCAAUUCACACCAAGAUCCAGUCACCUCAACAAGCGAAGCAGCUCCAGUACCUUCGACCCAUAUUCCAUCACUGGGCCAAUGACUCUCCGCAUGGAAAGGACUUUGCCGAUGCGACGAUUCAAGAUGGCGGGCGCCAGCGUGCCGCACCCCACAUCAAGACGUACAUCAGAUACAACAAGAACUCGAUCGAUUGGGCGUUGCUUACAUCUGCGAACCUAUCGAAGCAAGCAUGGGGUGAGGCUGCUCGCGCCACUGGCGAGGUCCGGAUUGCCUCAUGGGAGAUCGGAGUCAUGGUCUGGCCAGAGCUGCUCGAGAAGGAGGCGACGAUGGUAGGGACUUUGUUGCUUUUGCCUCUAUCUGACUCUGUCAGACUCCACUACUUUGCCUUCCUCCUGGAUCUGCGAAUCCAGCCCUCCUACACAAUGGUGAAACCUCAAGGCAUCAUCUCGUCGUCCCCACACGGCAAUCGCUCUGUGCUGGGGAGUUCCUGGCGAAGCGGGUCACCACUCGCGGAGCAAUUCCUGGCGAGAGACAUUGCCGAGUGUUCGGAUGACGAAGCCAUAGACACGGCUGGUGAAGAUGUCUCCGACUCAGAGUUCGACGUCAGCCCUACCAUGUAUCGUCGACCCAGUGGUGUCGCGUACGGUGGAUCUCGACCUGUCCUCAAUCCCCAGACCUUUGACGAACCAGCCAUGACUCCUCUGGAGAGGAAGCAAUCCCGCCAUGCGGAGCGAAGCCUGCUCCGUGAUAACCACGUCCUGCCACCUAAACACCCUCAUCGCAAGGAUACCUUCUUUUCCCGAGUGUAUCGUCGCCUAUUUAGUACUAAACUUCCACAGCCUCAGGACGAGGAGCGGCCUGCAAUCGUCGUUCAACCACCAAGUGAGACGUCACCUCUUUUGGGCACUGGCAGUGACGCCUCAACCACCUCAUCCGAUGAUGGUUUAAAUGAGACUUGGGGGCAGGCCGUUGCCGAGAACCGAAUCCGUACGACAUGGCAGCGUGAGACACAGACUAUUGUGGCCUACUCAACGCCUCUUAUCAUCACAUUUAUCCUCCAGUACUCUAUCAACGUUACGAGUAUCUUCGCCGUCGGUCGUAUCGGCAAACUCGAGCUCGGUGCCGUCUCGUUGGCCAACAUGACUGCUGCCAUCACCUGUCUAGCCCCAUUCCAAGGCCUUGCUACCAGUCUCGACACCCUCUGCGCCCAAGCUUACGGCUCCGGCCAUAAGCACCUGGUGGGACUGCAGUUCCAGCGGAUGACAUGCUUUCUCUUUUGCCUCAGUGUGCCUGUUUCUGUGCUGUGGUUCUAUGCUGAGAACAUUCUGUAUCACAUUGUACCUGAGCCCGAAUCUGCUCGUCUCGCCGGUCUGUACCUCCGUGUCAUGAUCUUCAGCAUUCCCGGUUUCAUUCUCUUUGAGGGUGGCAAGCGAUAUACCCAAGCGCAAGGCCUCUUCCGCGCCACAACUUGGGUCCUCGUGAUUGUCGCCCCGUUUAAUGUCUUCCUGAGCUGGUUCCUCGUUUGGCACCUCGGUUGGGGCUUUGUGGGCGCUCCCAUGGCCGUGGCCAUCACCGAGAACCUCCUCCCUGUCUUCCUCUUCCUCUACGUGCGCUUCAUCGAUGGCCGCCAGUGCUGGGGAGGAUUCAGCCGCCGCGCCUUGUCCAAUUGGUGGGAUAUGAUCCGCCUGGCUUUGCCUGGAAUGAUCAUGGUCGAGGCAGAGUGGUUGGCAUUUGAGAUUUUGACGCUCAUGUCUAGUCGCUUUGGAUCCGAGUACCUCGCCGCCCAGAGCGUGCUUGCCACGGUUACGACCAUUUCAUAUCAAAUUCCUUUCCCCGUGUCCAUUGCGGCGUCUACGCGAAUCGCCAAUCUUAUUGGAGCUGGUCUUGUCGAUGCCGCCAAGACCACCGGUGUAGUGGCCUUCGCUGCAGCCUGCGUCAUUGGCAUCUUCAACCUCGCCUUAUACGGCGGCCUGCGAUACUACAUCCCGCUCCUCUUCACCAAGGACCCUGAAGUCAUUGAACUCGUCGCCACCGUCAUCCCUAUUGUCGCCGUCAUGCAAGUCUUUGACGGCUUGGCUGCGGGCGCCGGCGGUAUCCUCCGUGGCAUUGGCAAGCAGGCCAUGGGUGGCCCUGCCAACAUCUUUGCCUACUACGCCAUUUCGCUCCCGUGCUCGUUGGUCCUGGCCUUUGCAUUCGACUGGCGCCUCAGCGGCUUGUGGACCGGUGUUACCUUUGGGACAAUCACUGUCUCGUUGAUUGAGUAUAUUUAUCUUGUCAAGGCCGACUGGCACAAAGCUGCUGCAGAGGCGGCAGCCCGAAAUGCUACAGGUUGAACAGAUUGUUUGUCGGGGGUUUGACGAUACGUCCCCGUAUCGCCCUCGCCGUUUGGGCGUGAGGGACGGGUUGCCCAUGGACUACUUGAAACAUGACUAGCUUGGCGUUGAUGGUUGGAAAAGAGAAGCCGUGAGCAAUUGUUUUAUACGUUAUAUCUACUCUUUAGAUGAGUUUAUCUGUUUGAAAAUUAAGCAAUCUCUUCCUGUCCCCC